UCGCAUGGCGACACCGGAGAGGAGGUCACGAUGGAUGGAGAGAUGCACGGGGGGAGACGCAAGACCGGAGUAGGGAGGCGGGUGGCGAUGGUGAUUGUGGCGAUGGAGGAGGGGGUCGAGCACAUGAGAGGAUAACUGCCUGUUUGCUCACUUUUGUCGUCUUGCUCCCCCUCCUGUCCGUUCACUUCCACUCGCCAGCGCUCAGACCUUCCGAGGGAUGGCUACCGAGGUCCCCACGUGAAGAGGAGCGACUCCGCGGGCGCCCGAGACGCAGGGAGAGACGGGAGGAAGGAGGCGGCGGCGGCGACACCGAGGCGGGGAGUAAAAAGCAAACACCAGCGGGGACCGGAGGAGGAAGAGUGGAGGAGAGAUGUGGAUCUCCUACUGUAUUGAACCACAAGGAAAUGAGUCACUGAAAAGAAGAAAGGAGCAUUGAAGGGGAGCAAUAAACCUGGGGAAGUGAGAACAACAAAGGCUGAAUGACGUAGGCUGCUAUGGAGGGGCCAGUCCUGUCCAUAACUUGGCCGUCCUUUCUUCUACGGGCCUGGGGGACAAGACAGGAGAGGUCGUCCAACUAAUGUGAUGGACACAAAACUGAUGGACAGGUUGCAUCCUCCCUGCUUAUUCACUAUUAAUCUCUCUGGCUCAAUCAGGAGUUUAUAUCCCGGGAAAAUCGAAGAAAAGCAGGAAUACGUAGCAACACAACAAUUUGGAAGCUGAAAGGAUAAAGAAUAUCAAGGCAUAUAUUUAUAUAUAUUAUAUUAUAUUAUUUUUGUAUGUGUAGAACAGACUGGACUCUAGCUACACACUUCUAGACAUGUUCUCACUUUGAGAUGUGAAUAUGGUAAUUGCAUAUUUUUUUGAGGACAAUUUUAUUUUGUCCCUGGAGCACAGACAAAGAAUAACCAGUGCAUGAGCCAAUAGUGACCAUCCAGAGUACUCAUGUGGUUUUAAGAACUAUAAGGCCACUAGAAGAUCACAGUCCUUAGUGAUGUGCUGAUACAACCAGGCCUUCACAAUUUAAUCGGACGGCCUGCAAUGACUUUGGAUGUUGGGAGACAGUGAGAUGCAAGCGCAAUGGUAAGCAAAGAGCCCAACCACUUGCUGACGGGCCAAACCAACGGCAAGAGCGCCCUGGCGGAAAAGUCUGGGACCAUGACUGUACGUUCCGUGCUGCUCAAUCGUGACUCCCCAGACAUUGAAAGUCGCCUCAAGCGACGCCGCAAUCGCACCCACCAGGUCCGCUUUAAAGAUUUGGAGGAUGGGAGCAGCAGCAGUGGGAAUAGUGGAACAGGAGAGAACAGCAGCCAACCAAAGCCGGCGGCAGACUGCAACAGCCCUCAUCCUCUCCGCAAACACAGCAGCAGGUCCCCCAAGCCGUGGACCGACAAGGAUGGACCACGAACAGACAGUCUCCCUGGUCAAACCUCUGUGGUGGGGGCAGUGCGUGGGGACAUGGCCAGUACUAUAGAGGUUGUGGCUGCUUUCUUGGCCAGGGCCCCUCGCCAUCCACUGACACCAGGGCCAACACGUCGAUGCUGGGCACCGCCACAGACUAACUCGAUGACCUUGCCAAUGACACGCAGGACCAGCACCAGCACAGCCAUCCAAACCUCACCAUGCCUGAAAAAGUCUCUCUCUUCCACGCACACACGUAGCCACAGCCUGGGUGAUUCUGUUGGCAUAGAUGGUGAUGAUGAACAUGACUCCCAGGAUGAGUACCUUUCACACAACCAUGUGCAGCUGCCCUGCUCAAAAAAUCAGAAUGGUGCCCAGGGGUCUGCAGAUCAAACUGUGAUAGAACGGAGGUCAAAAUCCUCCAGGACAGACACUAUAUCAACUGUUGCUGUCUCAAAAAACUCCAGGCACAGCUGUCCUCCAUCAGUCCUUCACAGUACUGAGCCAACCCACUGUUCCUCUGCAUCCAGCCGAGAUGGCCCCAAGCGGCAGGGAAGCGUCACUCCUUCACUGGUCAGGAGGAGAAAGCGUCUGAAUAGGACCACAAGUGAUCCUGGAAAGGAAGUGCACUACUGCACCACUCCUACUCAGACUGAGACCCCAAGUUCAACCUCAAAUACUAGGCUCUGCACCACUCGAAUUCAAACUGAGUGUGCUGGUCUUUCAAAAUAUUGCACUAUACAAAGUCAAACUGACAGUCUACAUCAGACGUCACUUUUAAAAAACAAAACAUCCACAGUCCAGAUUAAGAACAGCGCUUCUCAUCCAGCCCCACCUUUAAAUGCUGCACAACGCACCACUCAUAUGCAAACAGACUCUCCCCGUUGUUUGCCUGAAAAAAGCCAUCCACCAUCCCAGACACAACCACCCAGCACCUGCACUUCUCCAACUCCACUUGAAUCACCAGAAUCAGAGCAAAUCAAAUCGGAGAGUCCUGCACUGCCAAGUGUGUUACAGGACCCUUCCUCCACGCAAAUAACUACUGUGCCUUACUGUACAGAUCCCCCACCUACAACCGCACCAACACCGGCCCCUGAAGUAUGCACUGAGCCAUCUUGCUCCUCAACAAUCGAUCCAGCAUGCGCCACCAAACCUCCGCCUACGGCCCUGCCCGUUCCUUGCUCUGCGCCUACUGUGAUCCAGCACACCAUCCCGUACUAUACUCAUAUGACACCACCAGCCACCACCAGUGCACCGCUUGUUUGCUCCAGUCCAUCACCAGCACCACCAGCAUACUCCUCCCAAAACUGCAUUUCCCCUACCUCAAACGUGGUAUCAACACCUCCCUUUACCUGUCUUAACCCCUGUCCAACUGCUACCAUUAAUGUGACACCAUGUGACCCCAUGCACCAGACCACUGCACUCAGUACAACACAUGCGUCACCACCACCAUCAAAUACCUCACCCUCUACAAAUCUAAUACCAUGUACAAUAGUGACUCAAACUGCUUUAUCAUGCACCUCUAUCUCCUAUUAUUCGACUACACAUCCUGCUGGUCCACAUGGGCCUCUCCAGAACGCUGCUACUCCUUCUUGUGCCACUGUCAUACACACGGUAUCACACUGCAACAUCCCAUGUCAAGCUCUGCAAAAUUCCUCCUCUGUCAAAAUAGGCAUGGCGUCCUAUUCCUCUCCCGUCCCCAAACUAACAUGCAUAUCGCCGCCUCCCCUCAUUAAAACAUAUCCCCCCAAUUUUUCAAACGCUUGUGCAACUCCAACAAAAGUUGUUCCUCUGUACUCGUCAAAAUUCAAAGCAGCGCCGCCAUACACGCCUCCCUCUCAGGCCCCCUUAAACGCUCAGGAUAAGAGGGGCAUUCGACUUCCACCUCCUGCACCACCACCGCCACCCUACACGCCUCGCAAAACUGGGAACGAUCCACCAAGUACUGCAAUCGGAACACCUAUGCUCAGGGCAGACAUCAAGGCCAACGAGAAGGAUAAAGACAGGGAGGAGGAGAAAAAAGAAACUAUAAAAUGUGCGGACACACCAAAGCUCUGUGAGAGAGCCAGCUCUCUUAAGCACAGAGCUAAAACCCCACCAGUUUGUGUGAUGAAGGGAGGAAGGCAGUCCUCUCCAUCUUCCCCCGCCAAAACCUGUUUUAAGCCCAGCUGUCUCAGCUCAGCCCAGGCUCAGCUUGGGGUACUACACAAAAUCCUUUGCGCAGGAGCCAACGCCUCCAACAGCCAACAUGCGCUCCCUCCAAACCAGCAGGGCUGCACUGGGGCAAAGGGUUGCGCCAUUUCCCGGGAGAAGUCCCUGACUCCUACCCAGGCUGACACCUUAAGACAGGUGCAGGAAAUUCUUGGAGGGUUAGUAGCCGGGGCCAGAGGUAAAUUGGACCCAGCCCGAGUGACUGAGAAACUCCUAGGUCCCAAUGGGCCCUUGCAUGAUAUUCGCAACCUGCAGACCCAGCUUCAGAGCUUGGAGGGGGUCCUGGAGACCAGCCAGAAUACCAUCAAGGUACUGCUAGAUGUCAUCCAAGAUCUGGAGAAAAAAGAAGCUGAGAAAGAUGGAAGACAUUCCUACAGAACCGGCCAGGACAUUGAGAACUGUGGGACCUGCAGGGACUGUGCCUGCAUUAUCUACAGCGUAGAGCACGACUUUCGUCUUCAGGAAGGACAGGUGGUCCGCACGUGGAAAGUCGGCGACCCCCCUGAGGGCUCCCCCCAGACCCCCGCAGCCACCACCCCUCCAUGCACCACGCCCAACCAACAGGAGUCCCCCCAGGCCGUCCAUCCCGCUGCUACCACCAAAAAGAACAGGAAAAAAUGCUUCUGGUUCCUCUGAUUUGCGGGGAAGACAAGGGGGACAUUUGGUACUGCAAUAUACCCACUGUAAAAAUAGAAAAAAGAAGCAAGUGUGUGACGUGGAGGAUAUGAAUGCAAAUAUAUAAAACUGUGAGAGGUUGAAGGCUUUUUGUUGGAGACGAUGACAGUGGUUUGAUGUUGGAACUUUCGAAAAGCCUCUUGAACUUUCUGCGCGGUAAGGUGAAUGACUCAGUUAGAAAGCAAUGAUGAGAUGUAAAGAGAAUAUACACAGAUAAUAUAUAAACAUAAACAUAUACAGUAUACACACACACACAUAUAUGCAUAUACAUACAUACAGUAUAUACACAUAUAUACAUGUAUACACACACACACAUUUGUAUAUGUGUGUAUACAUACACAUAUGUAUGUAUAUAUACAUAUACAUAUGUGUAUAUAUACCUAUAUAAUAUACAUACGUGUAUAUAUACAUAUAUGUAUAUAUAAUAUUUACUAUAUAUAAACAUAUACAUACAUACACCGUACACACAUAUAUACACAUAUACAUAUAUAUAUUUGAUAUAUGCAUAUAUAUAUUUUGUACUUACAUAUAUGCAUAUAUAUAUGUACUCAUGUACAUACAGUAUAUACACAUAUAUACAUGUAUACAC